GAUUUUGCUAGUUCUACUUUGUUGUUGUUCGCCAGAUUUCAUCUCUCUCGCUUCCGUUCGCUCGUUCGCAAAGAUGAAGUGCUUGAUCGUUCUGGCGCUGGUCGCCGCCGUAUCGGCCAAGUCCGUACUGGAGGAGCUAAAGAUCUCCGAGGAGUGGGAUACCUUCAAGACCCAGUUCGAGAAGAUGUACGGCACCGAAGAAGAGGAGGUCCGCCGCUACACCAUCUUCAAGGGCGAGGCCCGCAAGAUUGAGAAGAUCAACGCCCAGAACCUGACCUUUCAGCUGGGAGUCAACCAGUUUGCCGACAUGACCGAUGAGGAGUACGCACAGGUGCUUGGCUAUCGCCAGGACAAGUCUCUGAGCAGCGCCGAGUCUUUCGUCGGCAACCCCGACGUGAAGCUGCCCUCCGAGGUCGACUGGGUAACCAAGGGAUACGUCACACCAAUCAAGAACCAGGGUGCCUGCGGCUCCUGCUGGGCGUUCAGCACCACCGGCUCCACCGAAGGCCAGCACUUCAAGAAGACCGGCAACCUUGUCUCGCUGUCUGAGCAGAACCUGGUCGACUGCAGCCAGAAGGAGGGUGACCAUGGCUGCCAUGGCGGUCUGAUGGACUUUGGCUUCAAGUACAUCAUCGAGAACCACGGCAUUGACACCGAGGAGAGCUACCCGUACACGGCCAAGGACGGUACGUGCCGCUUCAAGGAGUCCCACGUCGGUGCCACCAUCACCAGCUACAAGGAUGUGCUGCCGCGCAAGUCCGAGAGCUCCCUGCAGGAGGCUGUUGCCACGAUUGGCCCAGUGUCGGUUGCCAUUGACGCCUCAUCGACGUAUUUCCGCUACUACAAGCACGGAGUCCUGAUCGACCACAAGUGCAGCAGCACUCGCCUGGAUCACGGUGUCCUGGCUGUCGGCUACGGUGUUGAGGAAGAGCAGGACUACUGGCUGGUCAAGAACAGCUGGGGUACCAGCUGGGGCAACAAGGGGUACAUCAUGAUGGCCCGCAACCACGAGAACAUGUGCGGAAUCUCCACGGCCGCCAGCUACCCGAUCGCCUAAGCACGCAUCAUCGUGACAACGCCAUCAUAGAAGAAGCACUCGCACACGCCUUUGUCGUGUGAUGUUGUAACUUAUCUACCAUCAGUAUAGCUGAUUGCCACCGCCACAGCUGCUGCUGCUGCUGCUUGUGUGGCGCAAUCUUCCUUCUGUACAUUGUUACAUACUUUCUCUCUGUCACCAUGACAACUUAAUAGCACUAGUAUUACAGUUUCACAUCUGCACCGAAUCUCACCUCCUCCGUUGCCGCUCGCACAACUGCACCGUCGCACCCUUAGCUAUGUGUCUCACCGCCUCACUGCACUGUUCCUGUGUUUGUCCUUACCUGUGCCGUUGACCCUUUGCCCUCCUCCUUUCAGUAACCCCCCGGCGUUACUCUCUAUUCUCAUCAUGUACUUCUGUUGACGACGUUAUGAAUAAAAUAUUUAUAUGACUCCCGUCCCAAAUCCGACAACCGGCAUAUAAAUUUGUAGUUAGUGUGCGCAGCAGUAGCAGCAGUUGUGCCCAUUGAUUCUCAUUCUCCUGUUCUUCUCUUCUGCACUGGCAUUGGCAAGGUUUGCUGGCCUCUGUCAACGUCACUGUGCGUGAUCAUGUAUGUCUCUGUGUUCGACAGUUUUGACUUUUCUCCGAGUUUAUGUGGGCCAGUUCUGGGACGCUGUUUGCCGCUGUGAGCGUUUUGUUCGUUUUGUUCUCUUUCGUUAAAUCGAUACUGAACUCUC